AGACCUCUCCAUCGCCAUGACUGGACGCGGCAAGGGUGGCAAGGGCCUCGGAAAGGGUGGUGCCAAGCGCCACCGUAAGAUUCUUCGCGACAACAUCCAGGGUAUCACAAAGCCCGCAAUCAGGCGUCUGGCGCGUCGUGGUGGUGUCAAGCGUAUUUCUGCCAUGAUUUACGAGGAGACCCGUGGUGUUCUCAAGUCGUUCCUGGAGGGUGUCAUCCGUGACGCUGUCACCUACACCGAGCACGCCAAGAGGAAGACGGUCACGUCGCUGGACGUUGUCUACGCUCUGAAGAGGCAGGGCCGCACCCUGUACGGUUUCGGCGGUUAG